UAUUUUGCGUGCGGCAGCGGCUGCGCUCCAGCGGAGGAGGAGGAGGUGGAGAAGGAAAGGGCUGCAUCGUUGUUGUUGGGUUUUCUCUUCAAGUGUCGUCGUUUUGUUUUAGUACACGGCGUGACAUUACAGCAGCAGGGACGUACGGGCUGCUCGCUGUUGAUUCCGAUCGGUGCAUCGCGGUGUCUUGUGUGAAGCGAGCAACGACGGAGUGGAUCGCACCUGCCGCGGAGCGCGAACAACAAAGACUGAUCCAGCGUUACGCUUUUGCGGUAAACCGAGCCAGGCGCCCCGCGACUCCUCGGCGAAUUCUGGACACUUAGAAGCCCGUCGUGCACAAACGAGGCGGGGGGCGCUAGAAAGGGAUUGCGUGCACGAAAUGUGGUGCUUGGACUACCAUAUUGCAGGCCGAACCUAACCGAUCCGCGCCUUGCAGGUUUAAUUAUAGCAACGCUCGCAUGCGCGUCUUACUUCGACUCGGACAUCCAAUACCAGACCAUAUUUUUAAGGGGCAGGAAUCGCUCAGGCCACCGUCGGCCUUUAUUUAAAUAAUUGAGUGACCCCUCUCCGAACACCCGUUCCCUCAGGACCAGUUUGACGGCGGCCGUCGGCAGCCCCUUGUGUUCAAUGAUCCCUUAAAAUAGCAGAUAUGUGGGUCAGUCCCGAAGAUGUGUUGCUGGCGGGUGCGUUAUGGAUCACCGAGAGAGCAAAUCCAUACUUCAUCCUCCAGAAAAGGAAAGGCCACGGGGAUGGAGGCGGAGGACUGGCGGGUUUGCUGGUUGGGACCUUGGACGUCGUUCUGGACUCGAGUGCUCGGAUGGCCCCAUACAGGAUCCUCUACCAGACUCCUGACUCUUUAGGUUACUGGAUCAUUGCUCACGGAACCUCCCGUAAAGAGAUCACAGAGCACUGGGAGUGGCUGGAACACAACCUUCUGCAGACUCUCUCCAUCUUUGAGAACGAGAAUGACAUUACCACCUUUGUCAAAGGAAAAGUCCAGGGCAUCAUUGCAGAGUACAACAAGAACCACGAUGUCAAAGAGGACGAUGAUACGGACAAGUUCAAGGAGGCCAGCGCCAAGUUUCGUAAGCUGUUUGGGAUGCCCGACGAGGAGAAGCUGGUCAACUAUUACUCCUGCAGCUACUGGAAGGGGAAGGUGCCUCGACAGGGAUGGCUCUACCUCAGCAUCAACCACCUCUGCUUCUAUUCCUACCUACUGGGAAAAGAAGUCAAACUGGUGGUGCGGUGGGCGGAUAUCACCCAGCUGGAGAAGAGCGCCACCCUCCUGCUGCCCGACGCGAUCAAGGUGAGCACUCGCUCCAACGAGCACGUCUUCUCCGUCUUCCUCAACAUCAACGAGACCUUCAAGCUGGCCGAGCAGCUGGCUAACAUCGCCAUGCGCCAACUUCUCGACAACAAAGGGUUCGAACAGGACCGCUCGCUGCCCAAGCUCAAGAAGAAGUCGCCCAAGAAGGUCUCGGCCCUCAAGAGAGAUCUGGACGCGAGAGCAAAGAGCGAGCGCUAUCGGGCGCUCUUCCGCCUGCCCAAAGAUGAAAAGCUGGACGGACACACAGACUGCACCCUGUGGACUCCCUUCAACAAGAUGCACAUCCUGGGGCAGAUGUUUGUUUCCACCAACUACAUCUGCUUCACCAGCAAGGAAGAGACGCUGUGUAGCCUCAUUAUCCCCCUACGGGAGGUGACCAUCGUGGAGAAGGCAGACAGCUCCAAUGUGCUGCCCAGCCCGCUCUCCAUCAGUACCAAGAACCGCAUGACCUUCCUGUUUGCCAACCUGAAAGACCGAGACUUCCUGGUGCAGAGGAUCUCCGACUUCCUGCAACAAACCACCUCCAAGAUCUGCCUGGAGAGGGAACUUACCGGCAGCCUUAACAGUUCAGACGACGAGGUUUACUCCCAGCACGGAUCUCUGCUCUCCAGCAGCCCUCAGCACAGUUUGGGCUCAGACAGCGAGCGCACGUUCAACCUGAAUGACAGCAGCGUGCCCACAGCCACACAAGCCCUCAUGACCAUGUAUCGCCGACGCUCCCCCGAGGAGUUUAAUCCCAAACUGGCGAAGGAGUUCCUGAAGGAGCAGGCGUGGAAGAACCACUUUGCCGAGUUCGGACAGGGAGUGUGUAUGUACCGCACAGAGAAGACGAAGGAGCUCGUUCUCAAGGGGAUCCCAGAGAGUAUGAGAGGAGAGCUCUGGCUGCUGUUCUCCGGGGCGAUCAACGAGAUGGCCACUCACCCUGGAUACUACGAAGACCUGGUUGAGAAAUCAAUGGGCAAAUACAACCUGGCAACGGAGGAGAUUGAGAGAGACCUUCACCGCUCUCUCCCUGAGCACCCGGCCUUUCAGAACGAGAUGGGCAUCGCUGCCCUCCGCAGGGUCCUCACCGCCUACGCAUUCAGAAACCCCAACAUAGGAUACUGUCAGGCCAUGAAUAUUGUGACGUCGGUGCUGCUGCUUUACUCUAAAGAAGAAGAGGCUUUCUGGCUGCUAGUGGCGCUCUGUGAGAGGAUGCUGCCUGAUUACUACAACACAAGGGUCGUAGGAGCGCUCGUGGACCAGGGCGUGUUCGAGGAGCUCGCCCGCGAGUACGUUCCCCAGCUGUACGACUGCAUGCAAGACCUCGGGGUCAUCUCCACCAUCUCCCUCUCCUGGUUCCUCACCCUCUUCCUGUCUGUCAUGCCAUUCGAGAGUGCGGUGGUGGUCGUGGACUGCUUCUUCUACGACGGCAUCAAGGUCAUCUUCCAGUUGGCGCUCUCUGUUCUGCACGCCAACAUCCACCAGCUGCUGGGCUGCAAGGACGACGGGGAGGCCAUGACUGUACUGGGCAGGUACUUGGAUAGUGUGACCAACAAGGAUAGCACCCUCCCUCCCAUCCCCCACCUGCACUCGUUACUGACCGAUAACGGAGAACCGCAUCCAGAGGUCGACAUCUUCAAACUGGUCCGCAGCUCCUACGAGAAAUUCGGCUCCAUUCGUGCAGACGUGAUUGAACAAAUGCGUUUCAAACAGAGGCUGAGAGUGAUCCAAACCAUUGAAGACACAACCAAACGCAACGUGGUCAGGACUAUUGUAACGGAGACCGCCUUCAGUAUUGACGAGCUAGAGGAGCUCUAUGUGCUCUUCAAGGCGGAGCACCUGACCAGCUGCUACUGGGGCGGCAGCAGCAACCCCACCGAGCGCCACGACCCCAGCCUGCCGUACCUGGAGCAGUACCGCAUCGACGUGGAACAGUUCAAGGGCCUCUUCGCCCUGCUCUUCCCCUGGGCCAACGGAGCCCACUCGGACCCCUUAGCUGUGCGCUUCUUCCGUCUCCUCGACCAAAAUGGAGACACCCUCAUCAACUUCCGCGAGUUCAUCAAUGGCCUGGGUGUUCUGUGUCACGGGGACCUCACUGAGAAGCUGAAGCUCCUCUAUAAGAUGCACGUUUUACCUGAAUUCACUCAUGAGCAGGAAGAACCCGAUUCAGCCUUUGAGGCCACUCAGUACUUCUUUGAAGACAUCACUCCAGAAACAUCCAUCGGCCAUGACUCAAAGUGCAGAAGUGAGAAGGACGAUGGCUUUGUCAGAGUCACAUUCAAAACUGAAAAAGUGAAGAAACUGAACACUCCUGAUUACCGCAACUACCUGAAACUGUGGAACCAGGAGGCGAAACCUAAACGGGAAAACACAAAAGAUCUCCCGAAGCUGAAUCAGAGCCAGUUCAUUGAGCUUUGCAAGACCCUCUACAGCAUGUUCAAUGAGGAUGUUGCGGAACAGGAGCUCUAUCACGCCACAGCCACAGUCACCAGUCUGCUGCUGGAGAUGGGAGAGGUGGGGAAGCUCUUCUCCUCCGGCAGAAAGGACUACAACCACGAGGGGACGUCGGAGCCGAACACGUGCAUGAGAGAUGUCUCGGAUGUCCCCAAACCCACCCAGGAGGAAGCUGAGGGCCUGGAAGAUGUUUUCGCCCCUGACGUUCUGGAGAACAAGUCGAUCCCCGGCGACGAGGGGAAAGGGGAUGAAAACGAGCAGCUGCCCCCUAUGCAAGACAUCAAGCUGGAGGACUCGUCCCCCAAAGACACGGGCACGUCGUCUGCCAUGCUCAUCUCAGAUGAUGAGACCAAAGAUGACACGUCCAUGUCGUCGUACUCGGUGCUCAGCGCAGGUUCCCACGAGCUGGACGAGAAGCUGCAGUGCGAGGACAUCGCGGACGACACGGUGCUGGUGCGCAGCGACAGCGGCUCCACCGGCGAAAGAGGCGGUCGCCCUCACGGCGCCGGGCCGCACGACCGGGGGCUGCCGCACAGCACCAGCAUCGACAAAGACUGGGCCAUCACUUUCGAGCAGUUCCUGGCCUCGGUCCUCACUGAGCAGGCGCUGGUGCGCUACUUCGAGAAGCCAGCGGAGGUGGCGGCCCGCAUAACCAACGCCAAGAAUGUGCGCAAAGUCGGGCGCCCCCUGCUGUCCACGAGUGACUAUGAGAUCUCGCUGUCCGGUUGAGAUUUUCACUUCACGGACUCACAUGUGAUUAUCAGUCGGUGGUGUUUUCCAGGAGAGCGAAGGUAAAUGUAAAAUGUAUGAUAGGAUGAGUGUGACCAAAACUUCUCUUAGCCUUGUAUUUUAAAGACGAAAGACUCUCAAUGUAACAAUCACUAGAUUCUGUCCCAGCUAAGAGGGAACAGGACAUUAAUAUUAUGCUUUGCCCAGAUUAAAUCAGUGUGUACAUGUAGUAGCUGUACUUUAUAAGACAAUAUGCAUAGGUGUUAAUAUUGUAAUCUCAAGUACUCUUAGGCUAUGUAGAUGUAAAUGUCCACAGAUACCGUACAGUACCACACUGGGAUAUUUAUAGUCCACAUUGUAUCCUCCUAAACUAUUGCUUCCCUACUUUACGAUUCCAUUUGCUGCUAAUCAGUUCUUUUCCUUUCAUUUCUCACUGGAUGAAGGUGUGAACAAAUGCGAAAUGAAGCUGUGAAAAUUCACCGGUAGACUGGAUUUUCACGCGCCAUCGUGUAAAACUGUGUGUCACUUUGGCAAAUCCUGUUCUCCUUUUCGCACAAAUACCCACGACUCCCUGGAUAUUCGCCUCCAGGGAUAAGUGGAGAAUUGGAGAAAAAAAAAAGAGUUUCUCCAGUCCUCUUUUAAUAUUUUCAACACCAGUAAGGUUGGAAAAGAUAUUAGCACAUACUGGCUGAAAAGCAAACUACUCAUCAGUCACUGUUGUCGAGAACAUUUCGAUAGUUCAGGAACUCAAAGGAAAGUACGUGUUCAAAGAUAUUUACACUAAAAUGCUGUUUGUUUACAUUUUCAACAUAAUGUGAACCACUAAGUUGUAUUUGCUUGCCUUCUGCACUCCGUUUUUAUUUUAUUUUUUAUUUUAUUUUUUAUUUCUUGCUCUGAACAUUUUUAUAUUGUUUAUUUUCAAAGUUGUUUUUAUGUGAAUAGUUUACAUUUUAAACAUCCUGGUCUUAUUACUCUGGAUUCUGGUGCGUUGUGUAUCACUCCAUCUAAUUAAAGUUACAGUAUGGCUGAUUCAGUGCUGCACAGUA